UGACCUCCGACCGGCCUCUCACGCGUCGUUUGCGAGAGGAGCCUAAAGGGGACGUCUCGCUCUCUUCCGUUCCCGUUUAGACCGGCGGCGGCGGAGCACCCGAUCCCGCUUCAGUUCUCGCGCCCUGAUAUGGCUGAGGCGGCCGAGAACCUGUUGAAGUCCGGCGAGGUCUCCGCUAUGAUCCGCCAAGGCUUCAUCUCUUCCCCUCGCCUCUCCCCCACGUCCUCCCCUCCGCCGCCUGCCACUGCGACGGCGGUCCACCCUUCCCCUCCGCGCCCUUCGGUCCCGUCUCCCAAGUCUCCUACCCUCUUCGAGAUGAUCACGCAUGAGGACCUCGCCCGCCGAGUCUCCUCGCGGACUCACCCCUCCGGCGACCAGAAGCGGCUCCGUCUGCUGGAGAGGAUCGCCGCGAUGAUCGCCAAGGAGGGCCCCGGUGACGUGGAACUUUCCGUCAGCUCCGGCGACGGGUUUCGAGUUCCCAUGGCAGUACACCGCCGGGUGCUGGCGGCGGGGAGCCGGUUCUUCGCGGAGAAGCUGGCGGGGAUAGGAGGCGGGCCGGGGCGCCCGGUGAUGGUGGAGAUCUGCGACUGCGAUGACGCGGAGGUGUACGUGGAGGUGGUGGGGCUGAUGUACUCCACCGAUCUGAGGCGGAGCCUCGCCGGUGAGGACGUCGAGAGGGUUCUAGGACUGCUCAAGGUAUCUGUAGAUAUAAAAUUCGACGAUGGGAUUUCGGCAUGCCUUGACCAUUUGGAAGCCAUACCUUGGUCCGAGGAUGAGGAGGAGAAGGUAAUGUCUACUCUCAGCAAGCUUCCGAUUCGGCAAUUACAUGAGUCGAUCGAACGAGUCCUACAAAGGGUUUCGGUGGAGCCUUCGACUUCUGCAAAUGCCGACUCCAUUGUGGUAAAUGUUCUGCAUGGUGUUUUGCAAGCUAAGGACAAGAAAUCUCGUCGAGAUAUGAAAGCCUUAAUAGCUCGCUUGCUUAGGGGAGACCUAAAUCGAAGUGAUAUCCGCUACAAGAAUCUUGAAGUCCCGAGGGAAACCCUUUACCAAUUGUGCCACAAACAUAUGGAUUGUCUUAUGCUGUUGUUAUCUGAGGCUGCAAAUAUAGUUGAAGGUCAGGGGGAUCGUGCUGCCUUGAUGGGUGAGGUCGCUCGAGAAGCUGAUAACGUGCAGUGGCUUGUUGACAUUCUGAUAGAUAAGAGGAUUGCUGAUGAGUUUGUGAGUUUGUGGGCCAAUCAGAGUGGGCUUGCCACUUGCCAUUCCAAGAUACCAUGCAUAUAUAGAUUUGAGAUCAGCAUGAUCACUGCUCAGCUGUGUGUUGCAAUCGGCAAAGGACAAAUUUUAGUGUCCAAAGAUGCAAAAGUUUCUCUUUUGAGGACAUGGCUGGAAGCUCUUUUUGAAGACUUUGGUUGGAUGAAGAGAACUUCUAGGACUUUCAACAAGAAGAUGGUAGAGGAUGGGCUCUCUGCGACAAUAUUGACGUUGCCUAUGGCAGAACAACAAACAAUUUUGUUGAGAUGGUUCGAUUGUUUUCUGAAUAAAGGUGAUGACUGUCCCAACAUCCAAAGAGCCUUUGAGAUCUGGUGGAGGAGAGCUUUCAUUAGACAGUAUGCAGGGGAACACGAUCACUCUCAUCUGCAGAUGGUUGAUUCCGAUAACCACAUAUAAAGGUACUCUCACUAAGUAUAACUGUAUCAAUCCAAUGAUGUCAAUAGUCGUCAUGCGAACACUAGAUAGAAGAAUUCUUUUCUUUGUCCAUACAUUUCAUUUCUGCUCAUGAUUGUGUUGCGGAGUCAUUCUUUUGAAUUCCGUUGGAAGGGAAAACAAAUGAGAGGAUGAAUACUUCCAAUGAACGGUCAUACGAAUGAGAAAUGCAAAGUUUUGGGUGAAGCAUUAUUUUAGUCUUACUAUGAUACUGUUGGUAGUUGAUCCAUUGUGUGUUUUCAAUCUUUCACACUAUCAUGUGGAAAGUAUGAAUGCAUAUUGCAAUAUAAGCACAUCGUCACAACAUAUUUGGAUUGUGUAUUCAUUGCUAGACAAUAAUAAAAUGUGAGACACUCCGAGACAGUAUAUAGCAGUUGAGAAAUGUCACAUUAAGGAAUCGAAAUAUAUUUAUCAGGAAAAUGACAUCAUUUAAAGAAGUAGAGGUAUUAAUUUGCAUUUCUGAUAGUCACAAGAUUAGACAAAGUAACCAUUGAAAGAAGAUGAGAAUCCUCUUUUUUCCUGAAAAUCCAUGAUGUCAACUACUUAAUAUCAUAGCAAUAUAUUUUUGUACUAUAUUUGAUGGUUAAUGAGCUUGUCUGCUGUAAGAGGACUCUUUCCUAUCCACCUAACUCUUGUUUAAAAUAUUUAGUGUGAUAUGUUCUUCAGCCAAAGCUUUUCCAACUCUUAAUUGUAACAUGACCAGUUUUCUCUCCUUCCUUUAUACAUUAUGUUCAAAUCUUUUACAUGUAAACACUUUUAGAAUGUCAUGCAGAGAUUAAAAGAAAAAAUUGUGUAAGCUGUGUUGCCUGAUGACUACUUUGGUAAUACCAUCUUCCCUUCUUGACAACUUUAUGUAUCAAAGUAAAUGCCCCUCAGCUGUUAUUUUGGUCGAUCACUUAAAAACCUCUUUCUCUACUGCUUAUUGUCAUACAAAUCUUCUCUCUUUGUGCCACCAAGCUUACACAGGACUGCUGCAAGCAAAUUUAAUCUCCACAUGAAAAUGGAUGCUGAUUAUUUAGUGGUUAGUUUAUUAUUGCACAGAUUUGAGUCUAUUA